UCUCUCAGAUCUAUAUAAGCAGAUUCAAAUUCCCAUAAAUCUUCAUUAGCUCUCAAAAAAAAAAUCAAAUCCUGAGAAUCCGUUUUUUCACACAACGCUAAAAACAGAUCCGAACCCCGCGAAAUGGAUACUCCACAAGGUGGAUCCGACCCGGUUGAAUCCAACCCUUCAUCUUCUUCCGUCUUCAUUGUCUCCAAUUUCUGGAAAGAACUUGAUCUGGAAAAGGAGAAAAGCUUGCUUGAUGGACAAGGACUCAGAAUAGCUGAAAAUCUGGAAAACAGCCAAAAAAAUAGACGGAAGCUUGCGAGAGUACAAGAAGUAUUGUUUUCUCCUACUUAUUUCAAGAAAGCUUCAGCAGAGGAAAAGUUACGCUUAUUUAAUUCAUUGCUUAAGGGUUACCAAGAAGAAAUUGAUAAUCUUACAAAGAGAGCAAAAUUUGGUGAGAAUACUUUCCUGAACAUAUACCAAAAGCUUUAUGAGGCUCCCGAUCCUUAUCCUGGUCUUGCUUCAAUUACUAAAUGGAGAGAUGGGAAGAGAAAUGGCAAAAUGAGAGGAAGGUCCAGAAGCAGAGAGAUCAGGAGGGAUCCCCAAUGGUCUGAUGUCCGCCUCUUUUUAUUAUACCGGGUUGGACCCGGGUCGGGUUAUUAUAUAAUAAAAUAUAUAAUAUAUAUAAAUUAUUAUCAUCGUAUAACAAAACUGUUACUAGAGCUGACACUUUUAAAAAAUUUUAAAUUUCUGGAAGUUGUUAGUGAGGGGAUGAAGAAAGAGCUUCAAACAAGACCAACAGAAAAAUUGGUUGAGGGUUUACGUAAGAAAGUGAAAAUUUUGCAGGCAGUGGGUUAUAACUCAGUCGAGGCUGAAGAUUGGGAAGCUGCUACUAGUGGGGAAGAAUAUACUAGCCAUGAUCAUGUAUCUUAUACUGGUUUUCAGGUCAAACUUUCCGAGAAAAUAUCUUUGCUGGAAACAGAUGAUGGCAAAAUAAGAGAACUCACAGAAAAGGUUAACGAACAACAAAAGCUAAUACAGAAGUUAGAAGAUGAUAUAUUGAAGGGUUAUAGUUCAAAAGAAUGGAAAGGGACUCUUUUUGAUGAUUGGGAUAUUUCAGAGAGUACCGGGAAUGAACUUUCUGAGAACAUAGAUCAGAAGCAAGUUUCCUCAGAUAAAGACCAGGCCUCAAUGCUGAAAGUGAUCUGCAACCAGCGUAAUCGAUUUAGGGCGCGUUUGCAAGAAACUGAAGAAGAAAUAAGGCAAUUAAAGGAGAAGAUAAGGGCACAAACUGCAGACCUAGAGAAAACAAAAACUGACAACGUUAAACUUUAUGGAAAGAUCCCGGACUAUAACCAGGAGAAAGUAAUUUCUAGAGGAUUGAAAAAGUACGCAGAAGAUCUUGAAAGUGGUUUUUCCUCAGAUGUUGAUUCCAAGUACAAGAAGAUGUAUGAGGAUGAUAUUAAUCCCUUUGCAGCUUUCUCUAGAAAGCAAUGGCUCCGACAAAGCCCCAUCGGAGAUAAAAAUCUGAACCUCCCCCGCGGAAUUAAGUUUCAUCUGCUCAUAAUGUCUUCUUUCAUGAUGGCAAGAGAAAUAUAUGUAUAGCGUUGAAAGUAUGGAUAGAAAUUUCAUAAUCUGUACAUAUGUAUGUAUGUGUAGUCUACGUCAUUCAAACAUAAUCUGAUUAGAUACAGUGGAGGCGGAAAAUUUUUAGAGCUAAAAUUAAAUUAUAUAUUUUUACGAUAG